AUGUCAAAGCCACCGCGUCCGGCCGCGCUCCGGUACAGCGCGGAACCGGCAUGGAUCGCCGCUGGCUACCUUGUCCUGCUGCUCGUCCCGUGGAUUUUGACAUGCAUCUUGUCGUCUCGGACUGUCCGACCGUCGCCGGAAAACUCAGGGGCACUUACGCGAGAAACGGCCCAGCACCUCCACCGAGUGUCCUUUGCCAUCGAUGCCCUCAACUUUAUCGCAGCAGUGGCUGCGUUACCUGUCAUCUACGCGCUGCUUGCGCGGGCGGCCGUCGUCUUUUCCCAGCGGACGAACAACCGCAAGAGAUUGAACGUGAAGCAGCUGUUUGCUCUGGCAGACCGGGACUUUCUGAGUUAUGGUCUCGCUGGAAAUUACAUGUAUGGUGUCAGGUCUUUACUCUUCAUUUUUGGAACUACCCUCGUCUUCUUAGUCUGGAACCUCGGGUCUGUCCCGAGAGGCCUUGCCAUCGUGAAAACGCGACAUGCCCUCCUAGACGCCUUCCCAGGCGAGUGGAUGGCCGAGGCCUGGCACGACAAUGAUGCGCUCGAGAGAUUUGCAACGAAAUACAGUGGGCGUUACUUUAUGUCUUCGUUGGCUCGAGACACGACCACGGGCAUGUACAGACAGCAUGCCCUUCGGAUGAACAGCAGUUCGAUCUGCGAUGAAAUACCCGCCUCAGAGGUCCCCGUACCCUGCCCUGUGCAGCGCGACAAUGGGCUCGACACCUCCUACAACAACGCGAACUUGACGGUCCACGUCUGCGUACCAGGGGUGGCAGGAGCCAACCGGGGCGCCCCCUGGAAUGAGACUGAAGACCGGCAGGACUUGACUGAGACCUUGUACAUUACGAAGUCCAGCCCCGUGUAUAGUUACUUGAACUACACCUUGCGCUGUGUCGGAAGUACCAGCCUGGGGUACUUUGAGCUCGGGAACUCCUUCAACGGCGGAAAGUUCGGCCCGCUGCUGUCGUCCUUUAAAUUCCCUGCCAGCACACGGGACCCUACGGAGUUCACUGACGAAGUAGUCAAUCCGUCGUUGUAUACAAACGACGCCCGCCCGGGGGAGCAGGUUCCGCGCGAGGAUUACAACACCGAGAUAGCCCGGGGCACCGUAUUCCGCGCUCCCGGUCCGCUCACCCUCGCGGCGCACGCUAUGUUCGGAGCGGGAUCCUUCUUCGAGCUCGCGCAGUCCAUCACUGGGCCCAACGACACGCUCUCCCAGACCCUCUGCCAGCUGAGCCCCAUCCCGUUCCAGCGUGCCUACAAAAGCCUGCGCCGCUGUGACCCGGAAGACACAGAAGGUGGCGGUCGCUAUGGCGAAGAACGGGGUAGAUUUGCCUCCAGGUAUGGCUGGGCCAACGACCGCGUGGAAGGGCUUAUCUCGACCAUCCGCGAGACAAACGGGGUCGUGGGUAGCCUCCUUGACACAACCAUGUACCUCGCCAGUAAAGCCACACUGGAUACCGCUGCCGUCGCGAGAGGUUCAUACUUUGGAACCACUCACCAGAUCUGGCGGGCCGACGGGAUCGCGGUUCGUACUCAUGUCGUGUCAACGGCGGGGCUGGUUGUAGUCACGGUGUUGCUGGGUUUACAGGUUUUCGGCAUCCUGGCUCUGGUCUGGUACAUUUACCGCAUGCCGACGUGGACCAAAACGCUGGACGCUAUGGCUGUCGCUAGAAUUACGAGACAGCUGGCGGAUAGAGACGGGGGGUUUCUCAGGUCGGAUGCAUUGUGGAUGCCGACGCCGGAGGAAUCCCGACAAAUGGAGGAGACGGACGCCCUCGUUGGGCUUGUGGACCACGAAGUGCCAGAGGCCUCUGACGAGCUAACGCUGAACGCGGAUGCUUCUCCAGCUCCCGAUUAUAUUCUGAGCGUCGGCGCACCCGGACUCAUAUCCCGUGGUAUCAGGAAGGCUCACAAGUCAGAAGUCUGA